AUGUGUGCAAUUUUUAAAAAAAUUUGUAAUUUGAUUCUUUCAUUUUCUUCUACUUCUUCCUCAUCAAAAUUACUUCGCUCUCGUCUUAUUCUUCAACAAGACUUUUUUUUACUUUCACCUCUCUUCUUUUUGCUACUUUCAAUCAAUCGCUUUCGUCAACAUUACUUUGUCUUCUUUAUCUUACACUUCCGUUUUUCUUCUUCAUCAACGCCUCUUUUUUUCUCUUUCUUUUUUAUUAUUUCACUUCUCUCUCAUUUACACUUUUCUUCUUUGUCGACAUCUCUCUUUUCUUCUUCUUCUUCAUCAACACCUUUUCUUUUUCUUACUAUUUCUCUUCUCUCUAAUUUACACUUCCUCUUCUUCAUCUACACUUCUCCUUCUUCUCCAUCAAAGCCUCGUCUUUUUCUCGUCUUUUUUUUUUAUCUCUAUCUACAUUUCUCUUUUUUGCUUCUUCCUAAUCAACACCUCUUUUUUCUUACUCUCUCUCUUCUCCCCCAUUUCUUACUUUAUCCUUUCUCCCCCAUUUCUUACUCUAUCCCUUCUCCCCUAUUUCUUACUCUAUCCCUUCUCCCCAUUUCUUACUCUAUCUCUUCUCCCCAUUUCUUACUCUAUCCCUUCUCCCCAUUACCUCUAUCUCUUCACCCCAUUUCUUACUCUAUCCCUUCUCCCCUAUUUCUUAGUCUAUCUCUUCUCCCCCUUCUCCCCUCUUUCCCUUAUUUCUAUCUCUAUCUCCCCCUAUUUCUUACUCUAUCUCUUCUCCCCUAUUUGUUACUCUAUCUCUUCUCCCCUAUUUCUUACUAUCUCUUCUUCCCCCUAUUUCUUACUCUAUCUCUUCUCCCCUAUUUGUUACUCUAUCCUUUCUCCCCAUUUGUUACUUUAUCCCUUCCCCCUAUUUCUUACUCUAUCUCUCUUCCCCCCCAUUUCUUUCUCUAUCCCUUCUCCCCAUUUUUUUCUCUCUUCUCCCCAUUUCUUCUCUAUCUCUUAUCCCCCAUUUCUUACUCUAUCUGUCUUCCCCCAUUUCUUACUCUAUCCCUUCUCCCCUAUUUCUUACUCCAUCUCUUCUCCCCUAUUUCUUACUCUAUCUCUUCUCCCCAUUUUUUUAUCCCUUCUCCCCUAUUUCUUACUCUCCCUUCUCCCCAUUUCUUACUCUAUCUCUUCUCCCCCUAUUUCUUACUCUAUCUCUUCUCCCCUAUUUCUUACUAUAUCUCUUUCCCCCAUUUCUUACUCUAUCCCUUCUCCCCUAUUUCUUACUCUAUCCCUUCUCCCCCAUUUCUUACUCUAUCCUUUCUCCCCCAUUUCUUACUUUAUCCCUUCUCCCCUAUUUCUUACUCUAUCUCUUCUCCCCCAUUUCUUACUCUAUCCCUUCUCCCCCAUUUCUUACUCUAUCUCUUCUCCCCCAUUUCUUACUCUAUCUCUUCUCCCCUAUUUCUUACUCUAUCUCUUCUCCCCUAUUUCUUACUCUGUCUCUUCUCCCCCCUCCCAUUUCUUUAUCUCUUCUCACUCAUAUUCACUUUUUCUCCACACUACUUCUAG